CUUGAUAACAAUUAGUGAAUGAUCAGUUCGAACAGUACCACAAUAACAAAAAAAAAAAAGCGAAGGAACAUCUUAACCCAGCCCUUCACCUAUUCAAUAUUCAUUUCCCCCCAUCUCCUUCCUCCUUCCCCAUAACUGACGGCAUCCCAUCGCACAGAGCAGAAGAGCAACUAGCAGUAGAUGUGCCGUCUCUCCUCAUCCCCAUUCUCAUUGCCAAUCUUUCCACUCAUAGCAAUCAUAUCAACGCUAAUUCUCGAUGGCCUUAACACCCCCGCCGCCGCCCUCUCACCGGACGGGCUCGCCCUACUCGCCUUCAAGUCAGCCGUCUCCGGCGAUCCCUCGUCUGCCCUCAGUUCAUGGGCCGAGGAUGAUGAUGAUCCUUGCCACUGGCCAGGCGUCUCCUGCUCCAACCUCUCGUCGUCCACCAACCCCAACCGCGUGGUAGCUAUUGCUGUCUCUGAUAAGAACCUCUCCGGCUACAUUCCAUCUGAGCUCGGUUCACUCGUCUUCCUCCGCCGCCUUAACCUCCACGGGAACCUCCUUUCGGGCUCAAUUCCCUCUCAGCUCUUCAACGCUACUUCGCUCCAUUCCCUCUUCCUCUACGACAACAACCUCACCGGUCCCAUUCCGUCCUUCAUCUGUGACCCACCGCGCUUGCAGAAUCUCGACCUUUCCCGUAAUUCCCUCUCUGGCCAGCUUCCCCCGGAUCUCCGAAGCUGCCACCAGCUCCAGCGUCUCUCCCUCUCCGGGAACAGGCUAUCUGGUACAAUUCCCGCUGGGAUCUGGCCUCAGUUGGCCAAUCUUAUGCAGCUCGACAUUUCAUCCAACAUCUUCGAAGGGCCCUUGCCCCCCGACAUCGGCGACCUCAGUUCCCUCUCUGGCAAGCUAAAUCUCUCUCACAACCGUUUCUCCGGUCCCAUACCCGAAUCACUUGGCAGCCUUCCGCCGGCAGUGAGCCUGGAUCUCCGCUACAAUAACUUAUCCGGAGAGAUCCCACAGAGUGGGUCGCUAUCGAACCAGAGCCCCACGGCUUUUCUCAAUAACCCCGGCCUAUGUGGGUUCCCGCUGCAAAUUCCCUGUUCUGACGGCACGAGCCCCGUGGCCACCGCGCCUCCAGGGGGAGAGGAAACGAACACGGAGACGGAAUUUCCGCCGGCGAGGAGUAAAGGGCUUCGUCCCGGGCUGAUCGUGCUAAUCUCGAUGGCGGACGCCGCCGGGAUAGCGAUUAUUGGAAUAAUUCUGGUGUACGUUUACUGGAAGGUGAGGGACAGAGAGAGGGAGAAGGGAUGCAGCUGCGCGGGGACGAGCAAUCUUGGCGGAGAGGGAUAUUUUAUUGAUCAUUGGCGAUGCGGGCAUUGCUGUAGAAGAGGCGAAGAAGGAUCAUCGGAGGAAGAUGGGGGCGGCAACGAGGAAUCUGUCAAAUCGGCCGAUAACGAGGCAGGGGAGGGUAGACUGGUGUCCAUGGACAAAGGAUUCGAGUUCGAGCUCGACGAGCUACUUAGGGCUUCAGCCUACGUCCUUGGGAAGGGCAGGAUGGGGGGUAUCGUCUACAAGGUUGUGCUUGGCUACGGAGUGCCAGUGGCGGUGCGAAGGCUAGGGGAAGGAGGAGGGCAGCGGUACAAGGAGUUCGCCGCAGAGGCUCAGACCAUAUCUAAGGCUAGGCACCCCAACUUGGUGAGGCUCCGCGCAUUCUACUGGGCUCAGGACGAGAAACUUCUUAUCUCCGAUUAUAUCUCCAACGGCAACCUCGCCGCCGCUCUCCGAGGAAGAUCUGGUCAAUCGAGCCUAUCAUGGUCAAAUCGGCUCCGCAUUGCAAAGGGUGUAGCUCGUGGCCUAGCCUAUUUGCAUGAUUGCAGCCCAAAGAAGUUUAUCCAUGGUGACAUCAAGCCCUCCAACAUCCUACUCGAUAUUAAUUAUAAUCCCUUCAUUUCUGAUUUUGGCCUGACUCGCCUCAUCUCCAUUGCCUCCACAACAACUUCCAACGUGAAUGAUCCCACCAUAAGCGCAAUUUCGCCAUCAAGCUCAAGCAUGGGAGGUUUCAUUGGUGCCGCCCUCCCUUCAUCUGAUGCAACAACCUGCUCAGCUUCUGACAGAAGUGGCUCUUAUCGAGCCCCCGAAGCUCGCUUACCAUUUGCCCUCCCAACCCAAAAAUGGGAUGUCUACUCCUUCGGCAUAGUGCUCCUUGAGCUGCUAACUGGCCGCCAGCCCGAGACCAUCCUACCACAUGUAACUACCAUUGCUGGAGAAGCCUCAUCUUCGACAGAGCUGGUGAAGUGGGUGCAAAAGAUGUUCGGCAAAGCCUGCCCUCUAGCGGAGAUGGUAGAUCCGAUGCUAUUGACUGAGGUUCAAACUAAAGAGGUGGUGGCAGCAUUCCAUGUGGCGCUCGUCUGCACUGAAAUUGAUCCAGAGGUUCGGCCUAGAAUGAAGGCGGUCUCCGAUGACCUUGAACGAAUUGUGCAGUGAGGGUUAGGCCGUUGUUAAUAAUAAUAAUAAUUGGAGACUAGCAAUUGGCCAAUAUUUGAAUUUGAGCAGAUUCAGCAGUAUCUGCUUUUCAUAUUCGCAACUAAGAGAGGGUAAGUGAAGUGCAUGAUUUGUCAUAGAUGGUUUUGAGUAUCUUCUAAAUUAACAUAAAAUCUUGUCUUUUAUUACCUUUCUUUCUGAGUGUAUAAAUUAAAUAAAAGCAUCAGAGUGGAAUAUAUUGAUGUAAGAACAAUAUUUUCCUAUGAAAAGAUAUCGAACUCUAUAAC